ACACACUCUCUCCCCCACAAAUGCUUUUGCUCACUCUAGCCAUUGCAUUUCUGUACUUUGUUGUGAUAUACAUCAACCAACCAAAACACCUACCAAGUGAUAGAAAUGACUUACGUGUGAUCAAAUUUAGAUUUUACCGAAUAACCCAGCUAUGUUUAUUCCUUUUGGUGGUGGUUCCGUACCUUGUGCCUGGAAAUUACACUGACAAUCUCCGUUCUCUUGGACUUUUUCCGGGAUACUCCAACACCCACAGUGUGUUAACUGAUUUGUCCCAUAUCGUACGAACCAUUGUGUUUCUUAUAACAAUAUAUUGUUCGUCGGUGUACCAAUACAUUAUCGGAGAUAUCGUAUUUAUUGACAGCGAAGCCCAUGUGAUGCACCAUAUACGAGAUUAUGGGUUUGCCCCUGUAACUGAAGAGUUUAUCUACCGUGGCAUAAUUAGUCUAGUCGUGCACGACACCCACGCGAAAUAUACCCCUUUUCUAUUUGGAGUAGCACACUUACAUCACGCGUUUCACUUGUAUAGACAAGGGUACCCCGUAGGUCAAGUAGUGACAACCAGUGUAUUUCAGUUGGGGUACACUUCUAUAUUUGGUUACGUUGCUAAUAUGAUUUAUUCAACUAGUAGUAACUUGUGGUGUGUGAUUGUGCUCCAUGCAGGAUGCAAUUUGUUUGGUGUUCCACUGGUAAAUGUACAUGGAACUAGACUUCAAAGAGGGGUUUACCACUUACUAAUACUCGUGGGGAUAGCUGGUGCAUAUAUAGAGCUUACAAAGUGGUGGUGGCACUAGGAGAAGAUUUAAACGCUCGUGUUAGCUGUUAUAUCAUAACGCCACAUAUUAAUAACGUUACAUAUUGUUUAGAAAUCUAGACGAAGUUAAAACCACCCGCAAUCUAAGCCAAAUCAGGAAAUC